AUGUUUAAAAAGGACAUCACCCCCUCACCAAAACAAAAACUCAAGUCCUCCAUCCAACGCUCUCUCCGACAGAACCUCGUAUCAACCUACCCGCUGCUGAACGCACACAUCGACGAGGUCCUCCCCAAAAAGUCGCAGCUCGAGCAGAUCAAGCUGCCUGACCGGGUCUCGCUCUACGUGCUCGACAACCGGCCGCUCUUCUACCAGGAAGGCGGCGACGGCGUGCUGGUGCCGCACCUGCGCCUGGUGCAUCGCUUCCCGCACUGCUUCCCCACCGUGCGCAUCGACCGCGGCGCCAUCCGCUUCGUCCUCAGCGGUGCCACCCUCAUGGCCCCCGGGCUGACCAGCAAGGGCGGGAGGCUGCCGCUGCCGGGAUCACGGAAGUCUGCGGUGGAGGUGAAGAAGAAGACGAGUGAGGCAACGGAAAAGACGGAGGAGGGAGAGGGUGAGGGUGAGGGUGAGGAGGAUGGGGACGGUGAAGGUGCGGUGCCGGAUGAGGGGCCGGAUGAGGAUGGACACUGGAGCAGAGAGCUGGAAAAGGGCGAGCCCGUGGUUGUUAUGGCUGAGGGGAAGGAGGAGGCCUGCGCCGUUGGGGUGUUGACCAUGGGGACAAAAGAGAUUAAGGAAAAGGGGAAGGGGCCGGUCAUGGAGGAGGCGCAUUACCUUGGUGACGGGCUUUGGCGGUUGAAUGUGGAGUAA